AUAAACGUUGAAAAACUGGUAGCAUCACUUCCUCAAUAGUUCUCAUCAUCAAUUGAACGACGAGCACUUUCCUCCACCGUCGUCGGUCAGAGACCAUCUUUUCCGCCGCCGUCAUUUGCAGUCCAGUCUUGCUUAUAUGUAAACCGAGUUCAGUCUUGAUUUGGUCAAAAACCGAGAAAUCGAACCGAUGUAGGGUUAUGACUCCCAAACACUCUAGCUAACAAUCAAUUCUUCACUUACCAAACUUUUCUGGAAAUUAAUUUCAAAAUUAAUUAAUUGAGCAAUUCUUACUUCAUCACUUUCAUCCCUCAAAUUCUCCUCUUGGACCAAUGGGCAUCAAGGUUGAACUUCAGAAGAUUGGAAUUCUUGGGCUUCAGCUGAUAUGGCAUUUCCUACACUUUAUUGUUAGCUUAUAUUACUUUGUCAUUGGUAUUGCCACAACACUUGAAAGCUAUUUGAUAUCUUGGGGACUCCUACGCAAGUACAAACAUCUUAAUAUAGACAGGCUCCAAUAUCUUGCAAUUGUGGUUGAAAGUGAUGAAGCUUAUAAUACCUUAAAAAUUAUUGAACUUCUGCAAUGGUUAGCAUCAUUGGGCAUUAGAAGCGUUUGCUUGUAUGAUGUUGAAGGGGUGCUCAAGCAGUCCAAGGAAAUCAUUUUGAAGAAAUUAAAGAAUGCGUCUGUAUUUCAGGGGAAUGAACCUCUCCAACUAAGCAAAAAAGGAAUUACUCUGGAGUUCAUAUCAAUCUCUGAUGGAAAGGAAGCCAUUGCCAGAGCAGCUAAUUUUCUUCUUGAAAAUAAGUGGAGAAAAACCAACAUGAGCGGAGAUCACAAACAGUGCCUUUCUGAAUCUCAGAUGACUGAGGCUUUAGCAGCAGUUGGUUGUGGAGGGCCUGAUCCUGACCUCAUUUUAGUAUAUGGGCCUACAAGAUGUCACUUAGGGUUUCCUGCAUGGAGAAUCCGCUACACAGAGAUUCUACACAUGGGACCAUUGAAGUCCAUGAAUUACGGUUCCCUGCUAAAAGCCAUUUACAAGUUUACCAUGGUGCGACAGAACUAUGGUAAAUGAACUGAAGCAUUCUGCAGUAAUGGAAGGCCAAUGAAGGAAGGAGAAGAUUUUGUCAUUUGAACAGCCAUGGAUUUAGUUUUAUGAAUCUUCUAUCCAAGGAUCUUGUCAUUUCAUUAGUCUUUUAAUUACUGUGAAGAAUUCAUAAAUAAUAUAGUUAAUUAUAUAAAAUUCACCAACCCUACGCAAUAAAGGUGUUUUUGGUUAAACUAGA